UUUUUUUUUUAUAUAGGCCUAUAUAAUUUCGUAUGUUUUAUACUUCCGUAAAGCAUAUCUCUAAAAAUUUGUCUCUAUGAAAAUACAUGUACAUUGUAUCUGCAUUCUAUUGACAACUUAAUUACACUUUUCGAUAUUCAUACAAAUGCAAUAUCAAUAUUUUUUGUACAAAGCCCGACUGACUUUCCAUAAUCUGCUUUCUAAAUGUUGAGGGGGUAACCCUGCUAUUGGGAGAAGAUACCCCUCUAGAGAUGGGUUACUAUAUAGCCAUUUUUCGGGGGUGGGUGCGUGGGGGGUUACUAUGGAGGAAAGGCUACUUAAAACACCGGCAUUGAUAUUCUGACCCUAAUCUCGGCUGAAAUUCAGCUCGGGUGGAUAUUCGCACUGACGUCAUUACCGGCGCAGUCCCAAUAUCCAACCGAGUUGAUCCCCGCUUCACCAUUUCAGCUGAUAGAUAAUGACGCGUCGUUUAAUAAUUUAUCUCUGUACCGACAAUUUAUUGCAUGUAGUGAUUCCCAGCUGAUUUCAAUGUACGGUAAAGAGAUUCUUUAGAUGCUAAAAUAGGAAGACUUGUGACGAUCCCGGUUGCACCAAUUUGAAUCAUUUCUAAAUUUAGUGCACCCACAUUUGGGAAAGGUUAUUUCAGUGUUGGCGAAGAUGACUGUCUUACCUACCCUCAGUAAAUGACACCUCGGGAGUUACCUUCAACCCCAAAUCCAUUACUGCUACAUAAAAUUGGCAAUGCUUCAUAUGUAUAAAUGGUAUGUGUGCCUCUCUUACCUGCAAAUGUUUUUCAAUAGACGUAUUUUGUAAAGGCAUGUCUUAAAAAUCAUCGGCUCUAGAUAGCUGAUAUAGGCGGACGUUUAAAAUACAUGUAAGCUAUAUUUAGCACCUUUAGAGAAAACCCAAGUAUAAAACCCUUAAAAUUCAACCAGGAAGUCUGAAUUUUUUCACAACCUAGAUUUCUUCGUUUUUCUCGUUUAGUCCUACAGCUGUUUGAAGUAAGGAUUAUAGUUAAUCCCAGAUUCACAAAAAAAUCAGUGACUAUGAGAGGUUUGACCAUACAGGUGCUAGCUGCCAUCCUUCUCUCUGUCUCCCUUUCCUACUCUCAAGAAAAUGGAGAGAGAUGGGAAUUUCCAAAGUACAUGGUGGUAGACAAACAGAUUAACGUUAGAGAAAUUAUCCGAUUUGGCGGGAGACAAAGUGAGGAGCAGAAUGAAAAGGAGUUUGAAGUCCCAGGAGAAGCGGGAUCUCGUAGAUUUUCUGCUUCUUCUUUGUUGACAAUGCUGUCCAAUGCUGCCAAGAUGAGGAAGGUUAAAAACAUGCUCCCUUUGUCAGGAAUACAGUGGAUUAAAGACGACGACAUUGGAAAAGCCAUCAAUUGCGGACCACCGGGUUCACAUAUAAACGUGACGUGGAAACCCCGCAUCAUCGACCCACAAAAAUCUGUUGAAAUUUUCUUUGAUAUCGUGGAUCCCAUCGACUUUGUUAAGGGUUAUGCUGAUAUAACCGUCUAUAAUGGUGGCAGUCCUAUAUUUUCUUUGGAUCAAGACAUCACUUGCCAGAUUGUUGCCAAAGAGCUGCCCCUCAUCAAAUGUCCCAUCAAAAAAGGACAAUCUCAAAAGGGAUCUUUCCAGUACAAAAAUCUGUCCCAACUAAAGGAGGGAAGCUUUUCUAUCGUGUUAAAGAUCUUCAGCUAUGCAUCCAAACCCCCGCCAUUAUUCAGCUGUCUGAACGUGACCGUGGAUAUAAAGUCAUCGGCAAACAGGGCAGUUCACCCCACUCCACAAGUUAUUGUCUAAAUAUUCGUAUAUCAUGCGCAAAGCAUGACAGUCAUUAACAGCUGACUAUUAAAGCGCAAUCGGUAUACAUGUACAUUAGGCAGAAUACGUUCCCAUACUAUUUAGUGUAAUGGUUAACCCCAACUCAGUGUAACUCCCUUUCCGCUUUCUGGUCGGAAUAAGUGUAAUUUUUAUCAUGUCCAUCAUUACAUAAUGCAUGUUAAAAGUAAUCGUAUACAUGUUGUACAGUAAUCAUGUUACAGUAAUCGUGUACAUGUUGUACAGUAAUCGUGUACAUGUUGUACAGUACGUCAUAGUAAUAGUGACGUAGUGUAUAUGUUGUACAGUCAUCAUAUUACAGUACUCGUGUACAUAUUGGAAUCGGAACUCCUCGAAUGUCUCGCGCACUCGUAUGUCGAGUGCGCGAGACAUUCGAGGAGUUCCGAUUGGUACAUAUUGUACAGUCAUAGUACUAGUGACGUAGUGUACAUGUAAAGUCAUAGUGACGCAGUGUACGUGUUGUAAAGUAAUCUUUUACAUGUUGUACAGUCAUACAUGUUACAGUACGUAUGGUAUAGUCAUGUUAUAGUACUAAUGUACUUUGUAUAUACAGUCAUGUUAUGCUCAAAUACUUACACAUACAGGGUUUUCAUUUAUUUUUGCAGUUUCCAAAUGCUAUAGGCCCUAUAAUUCAAUCAUUCCAAAAUAAAAUUGUUAUUCAA